UGAUUACCAAAGUUGCAGAAAUGAACUAUAUAAUAUGUAAUUAACUACUCCGUAUAAUUUAUGUUAUUCCCUUACUUUUUACCAUCUUUAUUACAUUUGAAAAUUUUAUUAUAAAGUAAGUUUAGUGUCUAGUGUGCCCCUGCUCUGACAAAUCUCUGAGUCCGCCACUGUGACAUAUUCUUCCUCAGGAUAAUUCUCAAAAUAGUUACUUAUGUCAGAAUUGCAGCCUUGCCAAGAAAUCUGAAUGGAUUAAUAAUAAAGGAAAAGAUUCAAAAAACUUAUUUGAACUGUCAAAAUGUAAGAAGUACGUAUAAAUACUUAUCAUCAAGAACUGGCCAUGGCAUAACUUCCACUAAAACUGCCUGGCAAUACUAUUGAAGCUUGGGCGGCUUCCAUCACCCUUUCCAUAACAAACUGACCCAAGACAAGUGUUUCAAGAAUAUUCCUCCAGUCCCAAGAAAUCUUAACAAGUACACUAAUUGCAAACAGUCCAAACGCUGCACCAGAUGCCCCAAUAGAAACUGCAUUUCUAAGAAGAACACAAUUGUAUAUGACAUGCAGCAACAUGUUUAUAUAAAAAAUAAGAGAGGAGAAUAAGUAUAGCAGACGGAAACUUCGCUGGGCAGAGGCGUGAGGUGGAUUUUCUGGGCGGGGACGUGAGGCGGCUAUGCUGCGCGGAGGCGUGAGGCGGCUUUGCCGGGAGGAGGCGUGAGGCGGCUUUGUUGAGCGGAGAUGUAAGGCGGCUUUGCUGCGCGGAGGCGUGAGGCGGCUUUGCUGGGUGGAGGCGUGAGGCGGCUUUGCUGAGUGGAGGUGUGAAUAGGCUUUGCUAGAUGUACGAACAUAUUAUUUUGAAUAUUCUAUUAUUUAUGUGCAUAUCUUUUCUUUCCUUUUGUAUUUACCGUUAGGAGUAAUUUUAGGAGUAGAAGUUUCCUUGUUUACUUUUAAGUCUAUGUAUAAAUGAUGUAUCAUAUGGUAGUGCACAACAGGAUGAAUAUACGUUUUGAUAUUUUCCCACUCUGCUUCGUCCUUAUUUUGGUAUCAGAGCCGGCAGCUUGAUCCCUACGUUGUGCGCCUGAAUUUCUUUACCGACGAUCAUGUCUAAUUCACAGUCGUCGAACGUUCCAAAAAAUGAGCGAAGGAAAGUGAACGAUCCUGGUUCACCCUAUUUCCUUCAUAGCUUCGAUAUACCUGGCCUGAACAUUUGUGGGAUCACGCUUAGGGGAAAAGAAAAUUACCGUGAAUGGUCAAUAGUCAUGCGGAAUGCGUUUCGGGCAAAAUGGAAGCUCGGAUUUCUCGAUGGAUCAAUUACUAUUUCAGAAGAUAAAUCUGGAAUUGAGGACUGGUACACUGUAAACUCCAUGGCGGUUGGAUGGCUUAUGACAUCUAUUGAACCGACGCUCCGUCAUACAAUUGCAUACAUGGACUCGGUCCAUGAAUUGUGGAAAGAAAAGAUAUGCACAUAAAUAAUAGAAUAUUCAACAUAAUAUGUUCGUACACUAGAUGGUGGCGCGAGGCAUCGGGGUGGCAGGGCCGAGGUGCUGUUAGCCGGAGGAGUGAGGCGGCUGUUGGUUGGAACUAGGAAAACAACGAAAAUUAAUAAAU